GUCGCCACGCGAGAGAGAAGGGCAGCGAUGGUGCCUUCCUCCUCCUGCGAAGAAGACGACGACGACGAGGAAGAAGAAGAAGAAAACGAGGAAUUAAAGGAAGAGGAAGAGAGGCUUGUCUGCCUGCGUGUGCUUGAUUGGGAUGGAAUAUUUUGCUCAGUUAGGUUGUUGAAACUGUCUGGACGAUGAGGAGGAGGAGGAGGAGUCAGGAAUUUGGAGUGUGGUGUUGCUGAGGGACGGACGGAAAGGAAGGAAGGAAGGAAGAUUUGAGGAGGAGGAGGGAGUGAGAAACCAUGUUUCACAUUGAACAAUCCUCACUGCCGGACCACCACUCUGACAUAGCGAUGGCGCUUGCGGCGUCGCAACAGCAGCACCACAAUCAGAUUCUGCAGCAGCAGCAAGUGCACCUUCUUCAGCAGCAACAUAUUCUGCAGCAGCAACAGAUACAGUUCCUGCAGCAGCAGCAGCAGCUGCAACUCCAGCAGCUGCAGCCGGUUUAUUUCCCUCCUCCUCCGAGGAAGUGGGUCAAGCGGUGGGUGCCUCAAGAUACCGUCCUGAAUCAAGGGAAGCUGUCGAUAUUGAAAUGGGUGACGGAGGACAUGGUGGCUCAAUUCACAGGCAUGGCAGCUGCUAUGGAAGAGCAAGAGGCAGAAGAAGAAAAUGAGAUUUUGUAUUUGUGUACUUUUGAAGGCUGUGGUAAAGGGUUUGCAGACCCGGGUAGUUUGCGGAAGCAUGCACAUACUCACGGAGAAAAGCAAUUUAUCUGUCACUAUGAUGGAUGUGGCAAGCGUUUCGUCGACAGCUCAAAGCUGAAAAGACAUUUUCUGAUUCAUACGGGGGAGAAGCAUUUUGUUUGUCCAUUUGAAGGCUGUGGCAAGGCAUUCUCAUUAGAUUUUAAUCUUCGCUCACACAUGCGCACGCACACUGGGGAGAAUUAUCAUGCUUGCCCUUACGAGGACUGUGGGAAGCGAUACGCUCAUGAAUACAAGCUCAGAGCCCACAUGAGGAAUCAUCAUGACAAGAGUAUACCUGAAAUGACUCCACCGCCCAUGCACAUGGAAAGAGAUAGGGAAAGAGAUCAGGAGCUUGAAAUGAGCAGAGAGAGGGAUCGGGAUAUGGACCGAGAACGAGAAAGAGAAAUGGAGAAGGAGAGGGAGAUUGCACCAGUCGGAAGGCCCAGGAGUGGGCCUCCCCGCCAGGAUGUCAAUGCCUCGGACAGGCCAUUUGCGUGUCGGUACCCCGGAUGUACCAAGCGCUACAUUCAUGAGUACAAACUAAACCUCCACUUACGGAAUUCACACGCCGAUGAGAACCCUGAAUUCGGAGAAGAACCGAUUGGGAGAGGCGACAGUGAUGGAGAGGAUGACAUUGACGAUGGCAGCAUGCAAGGCACGCCUGCAAGAGCAGCAGCCACUGCAAGAGGCUCUGGAAGGGGGAAGCUGAAAAUCAUCCCCAAAAGGGAUCCUGCAAAACAGCAGAGGAGAGGACACCUCAAGGCACAGAAGGAAGUAGACUUGAACCUGAGGGUGAGGACACUUCCCAGCGAAACUCUACCUACUUACUGGCGAGGGGGUCAAGUGAAACAUACCGCACCAGACGAUAGCGAAGAAACGGAAGACGAGGAUGCUGAAAAUACUGAGGACGAAGGGUAUAGGUAUUACAAUGGCAGGGGAGAGGGAGCCAUGGCGGUUGAUGAUGAGGACACCGAAGAUGACGGUGACCAAUGACUGCUAGCUUUGCAGCUCCUUUUUCUUAUACUAAGGAAUGGAUUCACAAGGAAAGUAUCAACAAGUCGAACAUUGUAUGGAGGCGUAGAUUGCCUUGCCUUAUCACAUAGUAGUUGGGCCGGAUUUCUACCUUCGGUCCCAUUGUGGCUUACGCCAUGUUAAUGAGACGAUUCCCUUGGAAAUCUGAUGCGAAAAGACAAGAUCCAAGGUCUUGGACUGUGUACCACAUUGUUCUUGUCAAUGAUAAUACCGCUCGUUAUACCGACCAUUUGUGCGGCGGAGGUUUCAGCAGAU